CACAGAUCAUAAGACAUCUCAUACCGCCUAUGAAAGCUAACGCAUGAGCAACCACGCGUUCGAGUGAGUACUUGAAGAAGGCAUCGCUCAGCGUCGGCGCCGCAAUGUUGCAUUUGAUAUGUAACACACGGUCUGCCUCACGGCUCCUGGCUUGCCAUCUGGCUUUAGACGCCGCCAGGAGGCCGCCGCGACUCGAGCGCUCCCCGAGCCCGACCAUCAGCCUCUUCACUAGUGUUUUGACGGGAAACGCUGUGGUUUUGAGGGCCGAUGGGGUGGGUGGGCCGAGGAUCGGGCCGGAGCCAAUUCCCACCUCUUCUGCUUCUUAAGCGGCUCUGCACAGCCAAGAUAGAUGCCCUACAAUGGCUGUCGGUCUCACGACAUCUCGCAGAGUCGUCCACAAUGGUGCCGAUGACUUGAUCGGCUGCAGCGGGACCG